AUGGCAUUAAACAAAAAUAACAUUACAUAUAUGACAACAACAAAAGAUAAAUUUGUUGUUGUAUAUGAUACAACUGUUAUAACUUAUGAUUUUAACUUAAAAGAAUUGAAUUGUUACAGUUGUGAUUCUUAUUCUGUCCCUUUCAUAGCAAAUUAUGACACGGGAAUUACAUUAGAAAUUUUAAAUUUCUAUCAAGAUUAUUAUUAA